AUGGAGGCCGAAAAACCCUUUGCAAAAAAAUGUGAGGAGUACGCGGAGGCCCAGGGCCUCAGAGACAUGAUGCAGUCUCUCUUGAAAUUGCUGCUGCAGCAUCAGCCCGAAGACCCAUUGCAGUAUCUUAUCGACCACUUGAAGCAGCAGCAGCUCCUCGAGGCGCAGGAAUUUCAGCCUCAGCUGCAGCAGCCGCAGCAAGAAGAAGAGCAGCAACAGCAGCAAGUGCAGCAACAGCAGCUGAGCCUACCCCUGCGGCUCGUCAUGUUGGGCCUGCCUGGCAGCGGCAGGCGUGAGGUCUCUGCCCGCCUGGCGGAGCGGUGGGGCCUCCCUUUGGUCUCUGUCGGGAGCCUCUUGCGAGCGCACGCAGAGAAAUACCCGCGUGGCGAAGCAGCAAAAGCUCUCAGCUCGAAGACCUUGGGUGCGGGAAAGCAGCCCUGA